CUGAGUUUCCCUAUUGGACCACGCUCCUGUCUGUCACGGUGGACGAACCGAGUGAAGCAGCGGUGAGCACUGGCUGGCUGCAGUACAGAGAUGUGAAUAUAAAUGUUUACCAUGCCACUAAAUCGUUAUCUGGACUGGCCAGGUGAUGAAUAGGCAGAGAUCCUCCUCUGCAGUCCGAGCCCAAUAACUCUGUAUGGGGGCUGACCACUUACUCAGAGUGCUUGAAUGAUUAACAUGGCACCCAUAAUGGACGGCACACACACUGUGUUGCUCCUAUAUUCACCCAUCCGUGAGCUAAGCAACAUCAGCCUGUAUUUCCCCAAGAGGCGGGCCCCGAGCUUCAAGUACAAGAGCCGCGCCCCUCAUUCAGAAAGGGCCGGCAAUGAUCAUGACUGGGGAAAAGAGGAUCUCGCAGUGUCCGAACAAAGAGGCCAGUAUUCCGGCUCCUCAGGCGAACUCCUCAACUGCCAGCAGGCAACAAAGGAAGCAGUUGCAGAGCUCUGCUGGCUGGCGGCGGAGCACCACCAGUUGCUGGCGGAUCUCUUAUCGCUCUGUAGGGUUUGCGCCAACAAAGUCAGGAUGGGUAACCAGGAUGGAAAACUCCAGGAUUACAUGGAGGGUCAGGAAGUUCACCUUGGAGGUCAGGUUCUAAGCAGCAGCAACUAUUCACUUACUGUGCCUCCAGAGCCUAAGAGAGCUACAUCCAAGAGCAAAAAGCUGAAGAAGUUGGGAGGCAAGAAGCUUGACAGUGCUGAGGAUUUCCUGCACGGUAAGAUGAAGAGGAAAGUUACAAGUGGAUCUUCAUCUAUUGAGGGUCCUGAUCACAACAGUGUGUCCAUGUCUUCAUCCUCAGUAGUGGAGCAGAUCCCAGGUAUCCUGGAUUCUGUCCACGCGUCUGACAGCCCUUUCACCGGUUCUUAUGUCAGUGCAGUCAGUAAUCCCAUCCUGCCCAUGGAGGAACCGUUCCAGAGCGCUCGCGAGGGUUGGGACUUCAUGGACGACAACCAGACAUUUGACCCUGACAUUGAUUUCUGUAACGACUUCUCAGAGUAUGAUGGUGAGCUGGGUUAUGAGUCCUCAUUUUGCAGCCUGAUGGAGGGUCUGACCAGACGGGAAAGUGGCAGCAACCUUCGACCAAUUAAGAAGAUAGAUUACUUGGCUGAGACAUUAUCCGAGAAUGCAUCAACAGUCAAGUCGGCUCAGCAGCUGUACAGGGAAAUCAAACAGAGUAACACAGGGGUGAGGGUGGUGGCCAAAGUCCAAGAUGUGGAAGGGAGAGUGCAACAUGUCAGCCAUACAAGCCCAGACGCGACAGGGCCAGCCGUGCUACAUCCGGGGACUAGCAGCUGCCAGCAGGAGCAUGGAAAGUGGAGAAGACCAAACAAAGACCACAUGCUGGGAGUCAGUAAAGAGAAGACAUGUAACAAGCUUUCUGAGGGGCUACGGUUGCCCCUAUGCCAUACCGCCGAACCUUAUCCCAAAUCCCACACAAAAAGCCCCACUUCACCUUCUCUUGCUGACGUCUUCAACGCAUCUUUCCCUGCCUCCAACAGUCUCCAGAGCAUGUCCCCAGUCCUGUCCCCUCUGUCCUCCAAGCAUGCAAGCCCACAGCUCAACCACCGCAUUGUACUGCUCUCAGAUCAGGAUGUGGACCACGAACAAGACAACUCCAGUAACGCCGGUGAGCCCAAAAUCCUCACAGAGGUCAUGGACAAGAAUGGCAACAAGCGGACUGUCACUCAUCUGGAUCUGAACCUCAGCAGGCGGCCGAGCAACUCCAAGUGGAACUCCUCCAGCAACUCCACAACAACAGAGGAUUCCCUCAUGCGUCAGGAUGACAUUUGGAUGCUGGAUGGUGAUGAUCCACAGCCCCUUUCCUGCGUUCCACGCCCUGAUCACCUCGACUUCCUACGCAUCACACCGCCCGAGGAUGACAUCAUCGGGGACACACCCUACUGUCCCAAGCUGGAGUGCACGACGGAGGUCACGUCCCCUACAGACAGUGAGGACAGGACUCCAGGGCGUCUGCAGGCUGUGUGGCCCCCCCCCAAACCUAAAGAUGAGGAAGAAAAGGUGGGACUCAAAUACACCGAAGCAGAGCACCAGGCCGCCCUCUUGCAGCUGAAGAGAGAGUGCAAGGAAGAGCUGGAGAGGAUGCAUUCUGACUUUGAGCUGCAGAUCUUCCAGCUGCGAGGUGAGCAUGCUGUCUCAAUAUCACACCUGGAAGGAGUCAUUGCCAAGAUGCAAAGAGACAGGGCCUACAAUACACGUCAGGAGCGAGGUGAGGUCUGCGAUGCUGCUGUGUCCACCGCAGAUGACCCGAUUCCCAAGACCUGCCGCACCGUGGGUAUCCAGACGGACAGGGAGACCUUCAUCAAGAGCCCUGAAGGUGACGGCAGCGGGCUUGCUCAAAGCCCCAACCAGAAUGUGCCGAAAAAACUCAUCUUGGACUCUAUCGGACUAAAUCUAAAAGCUGAAACAGCCCCAGGUCCUCCUGGACCGCCGCCUCCUCCCCCUCUCCCACCAGGCCUCUCUGGACCACCACCACCACCUCCUCCUCCUCCUUUGCCAAACAACAUGGGAGCACCGCCACCACCCCCACAACCACCUCCUCUUCCUGGAGGUGGUCCACCGCCCCCACCACCACCGCCUCCCCCUCCUGGCCUACCUGGAGCUGGUCCACCUCCUCCUCCUCCCCCUCCUCCAGGCUGUGGCCCUCCCCCUCCUCCCCCUAUGGGGGGCUUUAGCCAGAAGGUGGAUAAGGCCCCACGGAAACCUGCCAUUGAGCCGGCCUGUCCCAUGAAGCCUCUAUACUGGACCAGGAUACAGAUACAGGACAAUAACAACAACACACUCUGGGGUUCUCUGGAGGAACCAAACCUCGUCAACGCCAAUGAGUUUGAGGACCUUUUCUCCAAAGCCACACUACAGCCGAAGAAAAAACCCCUGUCAGACACCUAUGAGAAGAAAGCCAAAACUAAGAAGAUCAUCAAGCUGCUGGAUGGGAAGCGUUCACAAGCAGUCGGCAUCCUCAUAUCGAGCCUGCAUCUGGAGAUGAAGGACAUUCAGCAAGCUGUUCUUACUGUGGACAACUCUGUGGUGGAUUUGGAGACCAUUGAGGCGUUAUAUGAAAAUAGGGCCACCAGUGAUGAAAUGGACAAGAUAAAGAGACAUUAUGAGAAUUCCAAAGAAGAUGAAGUCAAACUGCUGGACAAACCUGAACAGUUUCUCUAUGAGCUCUCCCAGAUUCCCGACUUCGAGGGUCGGGCCCACUGCAUCAUCUUCCAGUCGGUAUUCCUCGAUACCAUCUCCUCCAUCCGUCGCAAGGUGGAGAUCAUCUUGAAUGUCUGCAAAGAUCUGUUGGACUGUAGUCGUCUGCGGGAUAUAAUGGGACUUGUUCUGGCAUUUGGGAACUAUAUGAACGGAGGGAACAGGACAAGAGGUCAGGCUGAUGGAUUUGGACUGGAGAUCCUCCCCAAACUAAAGGACGUCAAGAGCAGGGACAAUCGUACGAAUCUGGUGGAUUAUGUUGUUUUAUACUACCUACGUAAUUUUGACAAGGUAAAGUACUGUCAAUCAAAUCCACACACUCUUAAAACAUCUGCAACUCAACGCUCAUGUACUUGUGCUUUUAUGUUUGCUCCACUGUUCCAGCAUGCCGGCACAGACAAGAGUGUGUUCCCUAUGCCGGAGCCUCAGGAUUUCUUCCAGGCUGCUCAGGUUAAGUUUGACGACCUCAGCAAGGACAUCAGGAAGCUGAAGAAAGAUCUGACUGCUUGUGAGAAGGACGUGCAGAAGGUGUGCGCCAACUCGUCGGAGGAAUACCUCCAGCCCUUCAAGGUGAAGAUGGAAGGAUUUAUAUCUGCUGCUCAAAAGGAGCAUGCUGCUGAAGAGGACCGACUCAGUGCAGCACAGAAAAGUUUCCAGGACAUGGUGAGCUACUUUGGGGUUAAGCCAAAGUCCGGGGAGAAAGACGUGACCCCGGGUUACAUAUUUAUGCUUUGGUACGAGUUUUGCAAUGAUUUCAAGAACACCUGGAUACGACAAAGCAAGAACAUCUCAAAGGAGAGAUUGAAGGAAGCGCAAGAAAACAUCAAGAAGAUCACAGCAGAGAAGAGAGUCGAAACCAAGAAGAUCAAUGCCAACAGUCUGAAAGAGAGGCUGCGGCAGAAGGAAGCCGGCGUGUCCUCCAGCUGAGUGGAAUGACACAGCAGAAGGAGAAAUGAGUGGUGGUGGUGGUAAGAAGGUUGGAGAAGAUCACAGAUCAGAAAGUGUGCAGGCCUCAUAUCUACUGUGUUUACCACCUGCCUCAACAACAGCCCCCUGUGCCCCGUAGGGACUCUCAGUAAAACCUCGCCGGACUCUUACUUACUCUCACUGCCGUAUCUCUGCCCUACUAACAGCGUUGGACACCCCCUCCCUGCCCAUCCCCCCCCUACACUCCACCACCCUCACGUCGAGCUUUUUCUGUCCGCCGUUCAGCUAGGCCUGCAGCGAGGAUGCAUGGCUGACAUGGCGGCAGUGAUAAGGGUCUUAAAGGCUAAAGGUUGAUCUCAUUCAUCCACCGUGGCGUGACCUCUGAGUGCCCAGCUUGUGAAAGGUCUCAAGGGGUCAGUGGGAUUCACAACAGCGCCAGCUGACACAUCUGCGCGAGUGUUCCUUCUGGAUCUACAAGAGCUGAGAAACCAUUUCUUUCUGACCUGCAGAUGUUACACCAGACAGCAGAAUGAUAUUGCUCCUGUAUUGAGAUAUUGUUGCUUUUAUAUGAACAGAUGCAGCUGCCUGGAGGUUUUUGCUCAAAGUAAAAUCCUUGUUGAUAAAACAGAUCUCUCUCUGGAAGCAGUAAAAAAAAAAAAAAAAAAAAAAAGCAGUUCCCGGUGUCCUUUUCUGUAGCGAAUAGCUUUUCAGUCACCAUGGCUCAUUAAAAGUCUUGUAAAUAUGUCGUGUUGUAGAAUCAAACUGGGGCCGUGGGGCUUUGAGUACGAUAAAUGAUCUGCGCUGGGCUUCAAGUACGAUGAAGACAUGUUGCGUUUAAAUGUGUGUGUCAGUACAGCACCCUUCUGGUACAAAUCAGUACGUGUAUUGGGUAGCACUGCACCAGACUGACCUCUCCUGGGUGACAGCCAGAGAAGAGCUGAAUCCUGGCAGCGAGCCUCGGUCUAUGAGCCCCAGCCCCCUCUCACACACACACACACACACACACACACACACACACACACACACUCUAACAUGUACUUCUAACAUCAGAAGAACACAACCAGUUUUGGCCAUGCUCCCACUCUCACCCAAGAUAUUAAAUAUACAUCAUGCAAACUCGUUACACUUGUAAAUCCCGGCACACUUUUAAGCACUUUACUGCUUGCAGAACUUGUAUGUGUUGUAGCUCGCUAUAAGCCACACUCCCCCUGUUAUGCUAAGUGCGUGCUUUUUUUUUUUUGCACUUUUUUUGUACCUCUCUUCCUAUGCAAGGGUAUUGUUUCCAUGUUAUAAGAUUCAUGAAUUGUAUUGCUUGAUGAUUUUUUUUAUUUUUAAGAAAGUGUAUUAAGCUCAAUUUUCGCAAAUGUUAAGAUGUGACCACGUUCCUGUAGCGUUCUAGAAAAGUCUAUUUAUGUAAGGAAAGAUUUAUUUUAUGGCAAAAAAAAAACACAUCAGCUUUGCUCUUGUUGAGGCUGUAUUUUUAUUAGUUGUAACCGAGAAGCUGCCUGAUAGGUCAGUCAAAUGAAAGAUAUAUUUUCACAUGGAUAUUACAUGUAUGCUGUGCCCACUGAUUUACAGAAAAUGGGGUAAUUUGCUUAGAAUGAAGACCGUUACCUUUUCUGUUGCAAUUCUGGAGAGAUGAAGGGUGUUAUUUUGGGUAUUUAGAACAUUUAAGCAUAUCACCUGAAGCCAUGUGAGUUGUUAUACCUCAGAUAGACUUCCAUUAUCAGACUAUCCAUACAACUGCACCUUGAAUUACUCUUUUAUCCUCCAGUCUUUCACGUGUGCCAUUUAUUUUGUAUAAAAAUCUAGUUAUUUCAUAAUUUUAAACUGCUGUACUUUUGAGGGUUUGGAAAAACAAAAGAAAUGAUCUGAUACUGACCAAGGAACUGCUGUAGCCUCUACUGUAUGUAUGUCGGUUCUUGUAACCUUCAGUAGCUCUCGUGUAGGUGCUCUGUAAUUUUAUGGAAUUGUUUUAAAUUUCAAGAAUAAACUACUGGAUGCCGAA